UUCUUUUCAUGAUUUCGCUACCCCUCCCUCUAGAAGAAUCUCGCAAGAGUUAUAGGAAGCUGAUUAGCAGCGCCGGAGAAAAGUGAUAUGGUGGCUCCUCAAGGCUCAAAGGAUUCGAAGUUUCAGCCACGCCUGCGGGGGCGGCUAACUUGCAUAUACUAGGGCUCAGCCUUCAUGCACCUAUAUCAUGCAAGCAGGCGGUCUGAGAGCUGAACCCCAACAUAAGAUGACUUCAGCUUCCUCCUAAUCUUGCGCUUUGUCAGACACUCUUGUUGCAAUAUCAUUGAUGUGACCGACGUUGCUUUGGAAAAUAUGUCUAUUCCUCCAUCGUCUCAGUCAGGCUCUUCUAUAAAACCAGUCUCAUUCCCUGAUCCGAAGGCACUCGUGUAUGACAGAGGAGUCUGUAAAUGGAAUAUAGUGGGCGACUCUCCUUUGGAUGUACUCAAGUCCAAGAAUGAAGCAUGCAUAAUUUUCACCCAGAUUGGAAGGUUUACCAAAGAUGCCAACCAACAGAAGGAGCUGUCAAAAUGGUUCCCACCUAUACCAGAUAUGUUUUGGUCGGAAACUGGUGUGAAACACAAUGGGUUCUUUGGUUGUCAUACUUCCACCAUACCUGCCCCAAAGUUGCCGAUCCACACUGCGGACGCUGCCACUACAAGACAAGAAACACCAAACCCAAUUGAUGCUUCUGGCCAAAAGAGCACUUGGACGUCAAGUACGACCUUGACAUCUGAUAACGAGGCCACUUCUCCCGACCCAACCCUAGGCUUCGAUAUCCAAACCACCUGGACGUAUUUCCGUCUCAUCGUCAAGAUUUUAUUGACGGAACCACUCGCAGAUGGCACUCUUCCAGAGGGCGAGAUAAAGUAUGGCUGGGCUGAGAUGGCAUUCCUCAGUUUUUCAAACGCACGCAGAACCGUGAUGAUUUGCUUCGACAUGCCGGACGAUGUUCCUGGAACCUUGCUGAAAACUCUCCCUGAGGGUCUCCAUGACUUCGAUGGACCAUUCGGGUUGCACAUACCAGUGCUAGAGCGACUGGUCAAGCUUUACGACAAGAGUAUCUGGGGUAUGGCGAAGACAGUCAGAGCAUUUGAGAAACAACGGGAAAAAGACUCGAAACCAAAAGAAUCGAAACCGGGUGCCUCUAGCCCGCAAGACUCUACUAAGCCUGACACACCGUCUGUUACCUCCGGUGCUCCUGGCCCAGUGAUUCCCGAUCCCUCCGACCCUCAAGAAGCAAGAGCUCAAUUCCAGCGUCUUUUCGCCAUAUCUCGUCACAUAACUCAUUCUGUCGAGACCGUUCAAGUCGCUGCCGAGGUCCUGGAGCAAAUGAAGUUGGAAUGCAAGCUACUCCUGGAAGUCGAUCUACAAGGGAGACUGCAAAAAUUGAAAUGGUUGCAGAGUAUGCUAAAAGGCCUGUCGGCACGCUCGAUAUCGAAUGAGAAGAGAUUGGCGAGCGAGCAAACAUUGCUCUCAAACAUGAUAUCUCAACGCGACAGCGAGGAAACGAAAAAGCUUUCCAUCUCUAGCGGGGAGAUCGCAGUGGCUACGGCUGUGGACAGUGAGGCUAUGAAGUCCAUCGCGUUGGUUACGAUGACGUUCUUGCCUGCGACGUUUGUUACUGCGUUUCUCGGCAUGAACUUCUUCACCGUCAACUCAGAGAAGCCAGAAGGACACCUGAAGUCGUCAAAGGACGUGUGGAUCUUCUUCGCCGUUGCUGUACCACUGACUAUCGUGGUGUUAUUACUGUAUCGGUGGUGGCAGAUCAGGAGAGCGAAUCGUAAAGGCGAUAUUGAGAAAGGUGGAAAGGAACUCUGAUAAACAUAAAACAUGUCUGGAAUGUGAACAUGGAUUGGGGUUUCCUCGGACGAGGAAGAUGUUACUGUAUCUUAGACUGGAAGGAUGUUGGGCUAGUACGAGGAAGGAGUUAAAGCCUUUUUUGAAUUUCCUACCACGUCUACUCCC